GUAAAGGUGAAGCGAGUGAGGAUUCCGUCGCUCGAGCUGCUGACAGUCUGUCGCACUUGUUUAUUAUUUAAGAAGAACUUUGAGAAAACGGUGAUCUGCACCACAGACAGGCCUGGAAGAAGUCAUGGCACGUCUGGUAGCAGUUUGCAGGGAGGGGGAGGAAGACUACAAAUUCCAGGCCAGGCAGAUUCCCCUGUUUAUCGACGACACCAUCACGAUGGUGAUGGAGUUUUCAGAAAGCGGUCUGGAUGUUGACAGCCAGGAAGUAAACACUUCCCAUUGGAAACGGUUUUGUGAGCAAUAUUCCAAGCUGAAGUACCAGGACUUGAAUAUGGCUCUGAUGGUGACAUCCAGAGAGGUGUACGGUGCGUUAUCUCAGCUGGUGCCAUGUGUGGGCUGUCGACGGAGUGUGGAGCGGCUCUUCUCGCAUUUAGUGGAGUCGGGGAACCCAGCUCUGGAGCCUCUCACUGUGAAACCCUCAGGCAUCCUCUCUGUCACAAAGACAUGUUUGGCUGACGUGAAGAAGCUCUACUCCCUCUUCUACGUCCAUGGCUCAAAAUUGAAUGAGAUGAUUGAUGCCAUUCCAAAAAGUAAAAAGAACAAACGUUGCCAGUUGCACUCUUUAGAUACACACAAACCGAAACCACUGGGCGGAAGCUGGAUGGACGUGCUGGAGCUGAUGUCUCCAGCGUGCAGGGAUGAGGUGGUCGUCAUUGAUAGUGCCUGUCUUCUCGAGACACUGGAGACAUACUUGCGCAAACACAGGUUUUGCACCGACUGCAAAGGCAAAGUCCUGAGAGCGUAUAACAUCCUGAUCGGAGAGGUGGAUUCCAGUAAAGAGAAGGGAUACUACGCUGCCUUGUACGAAGGACUGUGCUGCUGUCCUCACGAGCGUCACAUCCACGUGUGGUCAGAUACAGAGUUCCUGGCUCAGCUCCUUAGCAGGGCAGAGCCCGAGUUUGCAGGAGGAUACGAGCGCAGAGAAAGACAUGCGAAGACUAUUGACAUCGCACAAGAGGAAGUGCUGACCUGUGUGGGAAUUCAUUUGUAUGAGCGGCUGCACAAAAUCUGGCAGAAGCUGCGAGCGGAGGAGCAGACCUGGCAGAUACUGUUCCAUCUAGGAAUCGACGCUCUCCGCAAAAGUUUUGAGAUGGCCGUGGAGAAGAUGCAGGGGAUCAGUCGGCUGGAGCAGUUUGUGGAGGAGCUGUCUGAGGAGGAGAGAGCCAAAGAGCUGAAGCAGGAGAAAAAACGGCAAAAGCGGAAAAAUCGGCGUAAAAACAAGUGUGGCUUUGACGUGUCUGAACAGGAGGGAGAGGGCAAGGACAAAAAUCUGGACGAGGGAUCUCUUGAGUGUCAGGAGGGCAGCUGCAAGACCUGCGGAAGCCACCACGAUGAAGAGGAGGACGAAGAGGAGGCCGGCUGUGAAGAGAGCAUCGCCAUAAAUGUCCCCACAUCCUGCAGCUGUCCAGAGAACACCAAACAAGAUUUGUCCGGUCACGGCAACGCAAGCGACUAUGGCUACUCCUCAUUCAGCGAGACAUGUACUCCAGAGGGCUCUGACGUCGCCUGCUCCGAGGGGAUCUGCAACCACGAAGCAGAAGGAGAUGAUCCAAAUGUCCAGCACUGCGCCGAAGACGAGGAGAAGGUUGAACUGCCCAGCUGCUUGGACUGCUGGUCACAACCUGAGGAAAACACUCAGUGCAAGAGUAAAAAGAAGAAAAAGAAGAGCAAGGCUUUCUGCAGCAACCAGGAGGAGAAAACUGACUGUUUCAAGUCGGAGGGGAAAGCAAAAGACCACGUUGCGACAUCCACACACAGCUGUCGAACCAAAGAAAUCUUUUCCUCUUUACGUGGUGACAAGCUUGCCGGUAUCGCACUGCGGUUGCCAUGGACGACACAUCAAAAGAAGCUCAGCCCUCCAGAGGAAAACAAAAGUCUGGAGGAACUUCUGGAUGAUGUUGAAGUCACCUCAGAUGAAGAGAAUUGUCUCUCACAGGAUGAGAUCCAGGCGUUUCGAGAAAAAAAUCGGUCCUUCUACAACAACCGCCACCAGUACCGACAGCUUCUGAAGGAGAAAUUCACCGACUACUGCCGUGCCACCGAGAGAAGCAAGCCGGUCUGUGGGAAACGGUUCACCACAGCCUUCGCCAAUGAACUGCAAUAAUGACGUCUUCCACUGGGAAAACCACUCAUGACCACUACUGCUGCGUUGUUGGAAAAACACACUUCUGGUGUAUCUCUUGGUGUCUUGUUCGGUCUCUUCUUUAAAGUAAAUGUGAUUCUCGCUUUCUUUUUGUCACAAAUCUCUUUUUCUCUAUCUAUCUCGCACAAAUUCAUCAACACUUUUUCACGUCAUCGGCCACUCUGUAUUUGUUCUCUUCGACCAAGCCGAGCUUUCUGUUGUUGAUCUUGUGUAGGGUUGUUGGGCAAGAGUUUAGUGGAAUCAGUAAUCAUGCUUUGCAAGCUGUGACAGUAGGGAUGCAGCUUUAGAAGUCUUAUUAUGAUUUUUUUUUUUUUUUUGUUUCUACUUUGUUUCUCUUUAACACUUCAAUGUAGUGAUACAAGUUGUACCAUUUAAAUGUGUACAGAAAUUCUAAUGAAAAAGAUUUUACAGAGAAUAAACAUCCAUUUGUAAUACGGA